CUUCCUUUCCCCUGCAAUGCUGGAAUCACCUUUAAAUUUUCUCCUGAUCAGCUACGACUUGGUCGACCUCUCAUAUAUAUGAUCAUAUCUGCUGUGAGAAUUGAGAAGCUUGUCUCGUCAAGAGUCCCGAAUCGCCACUGCUCUCUCCACAGAAAAGAAGCUACAGAUCGAAAAAAUUAGAAGGGAAAAAACCAAUAGACUUUUCCUUCGUUGUCGCUCCAUCUGGCUCUCGUGUAAUAUCCUAUGGCUACUUCCAAUUUCUCAGGCAAGAAAAUCCUUGCCCAAGUCUCUCAUCCAACGCAUAACCAAGAAAAGCAGAUAAUCAAACACAAACCUCUUCAACCAAGAACAUACAAGCAUACAGAGAAAACCUCAGGUGGGGCAGUACUCGGUCCCACAACCAAGGACCUUAGCCUCCCGCAAGACCAGGAAUAUGAAGUUAAACAAAGCUACGACCCAACUAAUUCCUUCCAAAAUAGUAAACGCAAAUACCCUACCUUUCCACUGAAAGGUGGCCGUGAUUUCCUCUCUUUCUGGCAGCUCAAUGCCCUCGCUCUCAUCCUCAUCAUCUUGGCAAGCGGCAUGGCAAACCCUGAAGACUUUGCUUUCGUCUUCAUUUCCCUCGUCUAUACGUACUUUAUCUCAAAGGUUGCAUUCCCAAGCCUCCACCCUUCACUUCUGGAAUCCCCAGUAUUAAUUAACCCUCAUAACAUGCUUCUCCACCUCUACGUGCUUGCCGGUGCCAUCAUCGGUCUAUUCCUCCCAAUAGCGUACAAUUUGCAUGGCAUCAUCGAGGGUGAUUACGAAGGAAUAAAGGCGGCCACGCCGCAUGUUUUCCUUCUCUCUAGCCAAGUGUUCAUGGAAGGAGUGGCUUCCUCGGACAGGUUUUCGUCGCCAAUACGGGUCCUUCUCCCGGUUUGCUAUAAUGCAAGGAGGGUCUUUACCAUUGUGGACUGGCUGAGGAGUGACGUCUUAAAGGUUGACGAGAAUUUUGGAGGGUCUACGGGGAGGUUGUAUGCGGGGAGAGGGCUUGCUAUUGCGAACAUGGCUUUUUGGUGCUUCAAUCUUUUUGGGUUGCUGUUGCCUGUCUAUGUUCCUAGAACUUUGAAGGGAUAUUACUCCGAGUUUAAGGUGGAAGACUGAAAAUGAUAUAUAUCUAUAUAUAUAUAUAUAGAUAUAUAUUUUUCCCAGUUUGACUAGUGCUAAGCGAUGUAAUUAGAUGUGGU